AUGGCUCAACAAGUUGGCCGAUCAGCAGCAUCUGCAGCGUCUCGUUUUGCUGGAAGUAGAGUCGACUGGAGUCGCCUAUUAAAAUUGAGUGGCUCGAAUACGUCGACUGUAUCAAAUCUUCAAGCUAAAUGGAGUCAAGCUGCCAUGAAAAUGAAUUCUUUAUCGGAUGCAUUACCAAAGAUUGACUUCAGCUAUUAUCGAAAAAUGGUAUCCGAUCCAACACUUGUUGAUAAACUUCAAAAAGAAUAUGAAAAUGCCCAAAUAGCUUUUCCAAAAGACACAGCGAAUCGCUUUAAGGAAUUAGAAGAAUAUGCAAAAGGUGAAGAAAAGCGUGCCCAAGAAUUUAUUCAACUAGCUGAAGGUGAAGUAGAAAAAUUACGUCAAGAAUUCGACCGAUGGGACAAUGUACCACCUGCGGAUGAGGUUACUUACGAAUUAGCUUCAUUUUACAUGCCAGAAGCUGUUUAUCCACGUGUCUGGGACAAGGAUGAACACGAUAAAUUGAAAGAUAUUCAGUUUUUACCAUACGAAAAACGAGAUUCAUUACGUUGGUGGGUCGAACAAGGUGGAGAAUUAUUACCCCAUAAACACGAAUGGGUCAUGCCAGAUGAAGCACUUGAUCCCAUUGGUGCUCCACCACGUCCAUCAAAAGCCGUGACCGAAGGCGGACAUGGUCACGGACAUGAUGAUACGAAGAAAAUAGCGACUGGUGGCAAACAUUAA